AUGGGCUCCCACUCUCCAUCCUCUCGGAAGAGCAAGAAGCAUAAGAAACAGAAACACAAGAGGCACAAGGAGCACAAAUCCCGCAAGAAUCGGGGGGACAGCAGCGACAGCGACGCCAGUCCUGAUGUGAAUACACAGCUAUUCAAGAGUAGGGCGGUCGCACAGGCCACGCGGGAGAUACUAGCGUAUAAGUACGAGCUCAAGAGCGAACUGCGAGAGCUCAUCCGGCAGCUGGAUGCUGGGGAGGCACUGGCGAUAGAUGGGGUGGAGGACUCGUACCUGAAGUCCCGCCUCGACACACUCUUCACAAACCUGUCUCAAGUCCGGAAGACAUCCGCAGGCCAGUACUAUAAGAGGAGCAAGGAGGGCGAUGCCAUCAUCGGCUUUCUGGCUCCUCUGCUCGCCGAGAGCGCUGGGCAGGUGGCAGCCUAUGCACCCCAAGGUCCCCCUGUGAGCGCCGUUUCAAGGGUCGAUGACCCCACAGCGUCCAGGCUUGUCGAGGGGGCAGCUUCGUUUCCCAACAGCGCGGUCCCUCCGCCACCGGAAGCCCCCGUGGCGCGCCCCACAAGUCCAUCAGCCCCCCCCGGACCUGCCUCUGUGGAGGAGGACGAGGAGGACGCGGGGCGCCCGCCUCAUCACGACUCGACGCAGGGCCCACGCAGGGUGCUGGGCCCCGCCGCGCCGCCGCCCGAGUUCCUGGCAGCUGCCGCGCUGCUCCCCCUCCCGCCCUCCCCGGAGCCGGGUGCGCUGGGUGCUGACGAUGACGACGAGGAUGCCUUCUUGGUGGGCCCCGUGCCUCCUGACCUGGCGGGCGAGCUGGACCUGGCCAGCAGCGACGACCGCAGCGCCGAGGUGGCCCGCAUCCUGGGCCUGGCCCGGGAGCGGGAGGCGCGGCUGGCGGGCGUGGCGGCCGCCGAUGCCGCGCGCGACCCGCUGGACCCCUACGAGGUGCUGGGCCUGGGGCCGGAGGCCACGCCGGCGGAGGUUAAGCGGCGGUACAUGCGCACCUCCCUGCUCAUCCACCCGGAUAAAUGCGACCACCCGGGCGCGGCGGACGCCUUUCAGGCCGUGGCCCGGGCGGCCAAGGAGUUGCAGGACCUGGGCCUGAGGGCCGCGGUGGACGCCCGGCGGGAGGAGGCCGCGCUGCGUCGCGAGUUUGAAGCCGAGCAGGCCGUGGCGGAGCGGCAGCGUGCCUGGCGCAUCGCCCGGGGCGAAGCCACACCGGCCGACCUGGCCGGCCCGGCGCCGGGCGGGGCUGGUCCGGCGCGCGAGGCCUGGAUGACGGAGCUGCCACCCGAGCGGUCGGCCAGCGCGACGGUAGCCGCGGUGGCGCCUGGCUCCACCCACCGCGGCUUCUCGCAGUCCGGGAUCAAGCCCCGGGGGGACACCUCCGGCUGGACCCUGACGCCGCAGCAGCGGGCUCUGCAGCUGGAGGGCGGCGGCGCGGCCGGCGGCGGCACGCUGCUGGGCCCUGCCCCAGGGGGCGGGGCGGCGGCCGUCACCGCCUCGGCGGUCGACGCCUACAAUGCCGCGACCAGGAAGCGCAGCCUGGUGGAGCAGCACGCCGAGCGGCUGGCCGCAGCGACCAAGAAGAAAGGGAAGAAGAAGACGAGGGACGGAGCCCCAGCCCCGGCCCAGGCGCCCGCCGACUGGGACCCUGCCACCCAGCCCUGGCGGCCCUUUGACCGCGAAAAAGACCUCGUGGGUGGGCGUGGUGACGUGCAGUCUGCCCAGCAGCGCAUCGCGGCCCUGCCCGCCCUUUCCUCCCGCUUCGGCGGCGCCGGUGGGGGGAGGGGUGCGAGCAGCGGCGCUCGCACCUUCCUCUGA